UAUGUAGACGUAGUCAUUUAGCCGGCACGGAUUUUUGGCUAUGAGCAAUAACAGGGAGUCGACCUUUGCCAGGAAGUCAAACGCUGAUAGCCAUUGUGAUCGAUGCGUGACACUGCAUGCUCUGUGCUGACUUUAAAUAUUUGCGCUAACUUUAUAAUAGUUAAACUGUUAAACAGUAUCAAGCGAGGCGCGAUACAUAAGUCGUCGGACCUUACUGGCAACUAUAGCCGUAUAGUACGUACAUUUUUCCGGGAGUGCUGUAUCAUACGAUUCGAUAUGGAUUUUUCUCAAAAACGCGCAUGUUUUGUGAUUUUGUUCGGAUUGCUGGCGGAAUGUCGUGCUCAGGUGAUCAAAAAUUCCAGUGCCAUCCAGACGAAAAGCGCAAGUUCCAGUGGAUGGGGUCUCUUGGAAAUAUCGCCGAACGCUUUCAUGUCGAUAAUCUACAAGAACAACUUUCGCAUUUCUGUCUACAGAAACCAAGCCGUCGACCCUGCGCUGGUGCAGUACUUUUACUCACCCGCUCUGAUCAUCGACCCCAGUUCAGCUGUCAGCUCUUUUAACCGCUUCACGGAACGCUUCGAGAUGACCUUCUCAGUGCUGAUGUGGGAUGAGGAGUUUGAGAGUUUUGUCUGCAGUGAAAUCAGCAAGAAGCUUGGUGCACCGGUGGCCACAAGCAGCGUCCGCACAUUACCCAUUGAGGAGAUCCGUAUCGACGCCAUUGGUCAUGCGGAUAAGUACGACAUUGUCAACAAAUGGACGUCAUAUGCCAGUCAGCCGUCGACUUUUACGUUUCGAUUGAACUGUCUGAAAAACGAUACAUGCUCCGAAGCCGCACAGAAUAUGCAAAAAAAUCCACAGAAUUUUGUCGCGGAAAUGGUUGUCUAUUACAGUCUGCGCUCACAGAAAAGUGCUCGUCGCGUGAUUCAGGUCAAAGCGGAACAUGUGCAAAACGGUGCCCUUUACACAACACUGAAUCAGCGCUUUCCCGACCACGAUGUUGUCUACAUGAAAAGCGACGACCUCAAACAACUUACCCUGGAGAUUGCUAGUAACGUGGUCGCCACGGAAGUCACCGACGACGAAUUUGUCAGUCAAGACCAGUCCAUCACCAUCGGCACUCUCCUAGAAAACGUACUGAAAGCCAAGACCGUCUCCACGGUGACCUUUGAGAGUCAAAUGUGGAGUUCGGUAUUCUGGCACGAUGAAAACGCCAGACCGGAUAAAAUUACGCAAUCGCUGAAUGACGUCUACAAUAAGAGCGACAGCAAACUGAAGGACAUUAUCAAGAACUACAUGUCCAGUGAAAGCAGUGGCAGCGGUUCCGGUGCGGUCGGGGGGAAUGUGAAUAUUCUGGGAAUCAUCGAUAUUGGCGGUUCCGCUUCAGGGAGCGGUAGCACAUCCUCGCAGUCGAUUUCCAAUGAAGAGAAAGAAAAACUGGUUGAACUUCUGACGGAAGCUAAGCAUGUCAGUCAGUGGAAUGGCGAGAAGUUUGUUCCCAAAGCAAUGCAACUUAGUCGAAUUAAUUUGUCUGGUCUUCGCACAACGUCGAUCAUUACGUCCACGCAAGUGCGCGUCACGAAGACCACAUCAGAAUUAAGCAGCCGAAUUAAUAUUCUUCCUUCCGCAUCCAACGCUGGCGAACUCGUGCAGCAACGUGCUGAAGUUUUUCGUUUAGAGCGCCGCAUUCAGUCACUGGAAGUCCAAACGGGGCGAAUCAUAACCACCGGCACGACUGCCAUGACCUUUUCACACAAUGUUCCCACCGGAUGGUUGCCGUGUAACGGCAUGUCGCUCGACUGCUCCGGUAUCCAUCAACGCUUAUGCGAGGUCACCAACUCCACAGCGACACCAAACUUCCAAGGACGUUUUCCCGUGGGAUUCAACAGUUCUUUUGCCGAACACUUGGGGGCGGUCGGCGGUGAGGAACAGCAUACGCUAACCGUCGCCGAAAUGCCCUCGCAUCAACAUGACUACGGGCACAUGGUUGUUUACCCGGAUUAUGGCGGUGGGAAGCAUUACGAGGCAGGAAAGCACAGAUUCGAGAAUAACGUUGGGGCCACCAGUGGUGCAGCCGGUGGUGGUCUGCCACAUAACAACUUGCCACCGUAUUUCGCCGUUCAGUUCAUAAUUAAGAUUUAAUUUUGUUUUUGACACUAAGUUUUUCAGAAUGUCAGUUCGUAACUUCCAAAGCAUCAUGAGGAAACCAAGCGUGAUGCUGCAAAAAAUUUCGAUUAUCCUGGUAUAUAGGUUUUAUUAAAAUAAGAUAGGUUUGCACUAAUUUGAUACUAGAGAAUCCCAGCGUGUUAGAAGUGAUAUUAAAGUCGUAUUUACCAACGCCAGCAAAACUGUCCGAUGCGUUUGUGUCUGUUUUAUCGCUGCUGUAGCACUGUAAUAAAUCAAUAA